AUGAGCAGACGGAGAGGAGAGGAGAGCGGCCAGGGGGCAGGGCAGGACGGAGGAGAAAAGAGGAAGAGAGCGCAACGGCAGCCCAGCCGAACGAAGAGGCCGGUCCCAGGCAGCGAAAGACCCGAAAGAAGAGCCGGCGCUAGGCGCGGCGACCAGCUAGGCCAAGAAGGGAAGAGCGGGAAGAGAAGCAGGCGAAGCGAGAAAAGAAAGGGCGAGGGGAAGAGGGCAGCGACCGCCGCACUCCCAGGUAGCGCAGCCGGGCAACGGAAGUGCACCACGAAGGCCACCAUCCAGCGGGGAAGCCGGACAAGGCCUGGAGCGGCGGGGGGGGCCAACAAAAGCCGGAGAGGGCGGGGGCGGGCGGGCCGGACGAGGCGGGCCAACAGGGCCCGGGAAGGCGGCGGCGGAGGGCCGGGGACGCACAAACACCGGGGCAAAGGGCAAAGCAAAGGGCGGUUGACAGCAACGGGGAAGGGUGCACACGGAGGCCGGGGGCCGGGCAGGAAGGCGAGGGCAAGGCGGGAGAGGAGGGGCCGGGGGAAGGCAAAAGCGGGUGCGGCCAGAGCGUCGGAAGAGCACACAAAGCGGCGGGGCGGCGCAGGCAGGGCGGGCCGGGGAAGGCGGGGGCCGCGAAGGAGCAGAGCAAGGGGAAGGACCAGGAAAGGGCGGGGGGGAGGGAGAAAAGGAGAGGAAAGGGAGGGGAAGGGGCGGGGGAAGGGGGCCGAAGUAAAAGGACGGCAGGAGCAGGAGAAGGGGGCAGGGAAGCAAGGGGGGAGGAGCUGGCAAGGAGGGGAGCGGAGAAGGGGGGAAGAGGGGGGGAGCGGGCAACGGAACAGGGGAAGGGGAGCAGGCGGGGCGGGGGGGAAGGGGAGGCCGGAGCGGCCGGAGGGGAGGGAGCGAGGCGGGACAGGGAAGGCGACAGGAGCGGGAGACACCGGGAAAGGAGCAGGGACAGGAGGCAGGGACGGGGGAGGGAAGGGGAGGCGAAGCGGAAGGAGGGCAGAGGGGCGAGGAACGGGAAGGGAAGGAAGCAAGGGCAAGGGAGGAAAUGGAGCAGAGGCAACGGCCGCGGGUGGGCGACCCGGGGCCGGGCCGCACGACCACGACACGGGAGCGGGCCACGGUGAGGACAGGGAGAGGGAAAAGGGGCCAACAGGACACAGGACCGGGAGCAGGGGGCGGAAGAGCGGGAAGGAGAGGGAGCGCGAGGGGGGACCGCGGCGACAGCACCAGGAGGACGGGCAGCGGCUGGGAACGCACCACCACCCCAAGGAGAGGGGAGCGGGCGGGCACGGGACAGCGAGAGAGGAGAGGGAGGGGCGGCCGGAACGGGAAAGAGAGGAGAGCACAAAGCGCCGCAAGGGAAAGCGGCAGCCAAGGGAGGCACGUCGAGCGCGCGGAGAGCGGGCAGGAAGCAAGCCGAGAACAGGGGAAGAACGAGCCAGGCGGGCGCACGACAGGGAGGGAGGAGGAAGCCAAGGGAGGGCGGCACAGGGCAAGGAGCCCGAGCGCAGCCAAGGCACCGGGAAAAACAAGAAGGCAAGAAAGGGGGCAAACGCCGGCCCGAAACAGAAAAGAGAGGCCAGGAACGGAAAACAGCACCAAGGCGGGGGCGCCAAAGGACGGAAAAGCCCAGGCGUAAGGGCAGGGCCCGCCCAGCGCGGGGGACGAGAAGCAGGGAAGAGAGGCCAGCAAAAACAGGGAGCCGGGGCGGGAGCGGAGGGGCACCAGGGGGGAGGAAGGGGGAAAGCGCAAGGGGAGGGAAGGACAGAGAGGAAGCGGCCCGAAGAAGCGGCGAGGGCGACGACCCCAACGAGGCAAGGAGCAGCGGGCGCCGCGGACACGCCGAGGGAAAAAGGCGGCGGCGGGAAAGAGAAGGGGAGGAGACGGCGCGCGGGAAGGGAAAGAGGGAGCGGGGAGGCAACGGCCAGCCACCAACAAAGGCAGGCGGAAGGGCGCGCCUCGAGGGGGCGGAGAGGGAGGAAGAGGAGGGGGCAAGCAAGACAAACGCCGCGGCCAGAGGGGGAAACAGGCGACGAGCAACAGCCGAGGACCACAGGGCAGCCGGGAGGCGAGAAGGAGGGGGUAGGGGACCCAAAAAACAAAGGAACAAGGCGGGACAGGAGAGCGGGGAGAGAAGAACAAGCAAGGCGGGGAGAGAAAGCCAGCAAGGGACCCGCGCCGAGACACAAAGAGGAAGAGACGGCCCAGCACGACGAACCCAGGGGGCCCGGGCGCAAGACAGGCCGAAGGCGCGGCCGCCGCCAGGGGACAAAGAGGCCGGGAAUACGCGCCGGAAGAGGAAAGAGAGACAGGGGGAAGAGGAGGAAGGGCAGGCCCCGUGAGGGAGGGAGGGAACGAGGGGCAAGGCCCAAAGCCGCGGCGGAGACCGGCCGAGAUGAACGGGAAAGAGAGGAGCGAGGUGGCGGGGGGACACACACAGAAGCGGCGGGGGGGAAGGGGAGGCCCGCGCGAGCAAAGAGGAAAAGGAGGGGGAGGGAGCAAGCGGGCGGGGGAACAGGCGAGCACGCCCGGGAAAGAAUCGGGCACAGGCCACCGAUGGAGCGCGCGCAAAGGCCGGAAGGAGCAAGGAGGGAAGCAAGGCGGACAAAGAGCACGCGGGACAGCAGACGCGAACCGCAGGAGCCGGAACACGAAUACGCAAGGACACGAGGGGAGGGGAGAGAGCAGGACAGGCGGACAACGGGCGGCGGCCGCCGGGGAGACAGGGGAGAAGGGAGGAGGGGCCCGCAGCCGGGCCCCAAGGCCGCAGGGGAGAAAAGGCGGGGGGAGAGAAAAGGGAGGGCGCGGAGAAACGCCCGCAGGAAGGCGAGAAGCAGACGGGGCAGAGGCAAAGGGGACGGAGAAACAAGGGGAGAGAGAGGCGGACAGAGCGAGGGGGACACUACCGCGGAGCCAAAGGGGAAAGGCAAAGCAAGGGGUCGAGACCAAAGCCCAGGGCGACAUAGGAACGGGGGCCCACGUGCAAGGAAGGGAAACAGGAAAAGGCAGCGCCAGGGAAUCGCCGGGAAGAGGAAUGCGCAAGGGGGGACAAGGCAAACAGGGCGCCGAAGACGCACGGGCGGCGGCGACCCGAAGGCCGAGAAACGGCGAGGCAAAGCGCGGAGAGGAGCCCAAAGAGCCACAAAGCGGGGAAACGCAGCCCAGAAGGGGGGGGGAAAGGCCAAGGCAAGCAGAGCGCAACGCAAAGGAGGGGGGGAGGGGCCCCCGAGCCAGGCGAAGAGGCAGAACAGAGCCACAAGGAAGGGCAGCACGGCGACAGAGGAGGAGGAAAGGGACAGAAGCAAGCGGGGGGAGGAGAAGGGGAGAGGGAGAAGCACGACAAGCAGGCGGCCGGAGACGGGGCGCGAAGCCCAAACCUGGCGAAGAGAAAAGCAGGACAGGACAGAAGGGGGCCGACGCAGGAGGGCAAAGAGCAGACCAAACCCGCCGACGGAAAGGGAACCCGCAAAAAAGCGCAGGGAGGGGCGGGCCAGCGCGCAGGAGAAAGAGAAGGGAAGAUGCCAUGGCGGGGGGGGAGGGGGGAAGGGCAACCAAGGAACCAGGAGGACACACCCAAGGGCAAGAUAA